UCGCCAUAGCCAGUCGAUUGUCAACAACCAGUUCGAUCGGACUCAUUAGGUUAAUUUUACAAACAUUAAUUUUAAUUUAGAUUUCGUGUCCAAAAGUACAAUAUAAAUUUAUUUUUAAUACAAAAUGUCAACAUUGAAGCAAGUUCCUCUUACAUGUGGUGGCCAUACAAGACCAGUCGUGCAUUUGGACUUUAGUGACGUUACUCAAGAUGGAUAUUAUUUGAUUUCGGCUUGCAAAGAUGGAAAACCCAUGUUGCGCCAAGGUGAAACUGGAGAUUGGAUUGGAACAUUUGAGGGUCACAAAGGCGCUGUCUGGGGUGUAGCCUUAAGUCAAAAUGCAAGCCUGGCGGCCAGUGGUGCUGCAGACUUUACUGCAAAGAUAUGGGAUGCACAGUAUGGAGAUAUAACACAAACCUUUGAUCAUGAACAUAUAGUCAAGAGUGUUAACUUUAACUCUGACGAUACAUUGCUGCUCACAGCAAGCAAUGAAAAGUUGAUUCGUGUCUUUGAUCUUAACAAGCCUGAGGCUGGUGCAAUUGAAAAGAUAAGUGCUCACACAAACAGCAUUAGGCACGCUGUAUUCCUGCACAACUCCCGCAUUGUGAGUGUGAGUGAUGAUCUCACCAUGCGAGUGUGGGACAGAAACAGCGGGGAGGAAGUACAAAAGCUGGAAUUUCCGUCGACUCCCAAUAGCCUUGAGUUAUCGAGGGAUGGCGCAGUUUUAACUGUGGCACACGGUACAAGUGUAUCGUUCUACUCGUCGGACACGAUGCGUAAGAUGCGAGAGUUCUCCGUGCCCACCAAGUGCUACUCAGCUUCGCUGGCUCCGAGCCGCGCGACCUUCGUGUGCGGGGGCGAGGAUCUUAAGGUGUAUAAGUUUGACUACAACACCGGCGCUGAAUUGGAGUCGAACAAGGGUCACUUCGGGCCGGUGCAUUGCGUGCGUUGGUCCCCGGACGGCGAGUUGUACGCGACGGGCUCGGAGGACGGCACUGUGCGUUUGUGGCAGGGCGUACCCGGCCGCGUGUACGGCCUGUGGCGCCGCUCAACUGAUGCGCAGCCGCUCGCCAACGGCUUCAAGGAGGUCGCGGCCAACUGACGUUACGCUGCGGAUAAGAAGAAGCAUCAAUAAACGUGCAAUGACUAAUUGUGUUUGGUUUAUGACGUCAGAUGACGUCACCAGGCCCAGAAUCGAGUGAUCACAAAGUUAAAGUGCGGACUGAAAUACAAGACUCCUUGUGUCAAAUUGUUUUAUUGUGCAACUUUGUAUUUAUACUCAAUAAAAUGUAUUUAUUGCAAAAAAGCAAAUAAAUGAGUCAUGUGAGAUGAUUUAAUACUUUGUA